UAAGAAUAUACAACAACAGUAGAACGCUCCUGUUCAGCACAGUUUGUGAGCGCAUGAAGCAAAAGGCGAGAUGAGGACUCUUCGCUGUGUGAACUGUCUUCUCUUUUUCGUCUCAACUGUGCUUUUAGCAGAUGUUCGCAGUGUAGAACAAGGAACAGAUGAGCUGAGACUUCUCGCUAUAACUGUAGCAACGGACGAAACAGAUGGCUAUAAAAGAUUCAUGAGAUCUGCUAAAGUUAACAACAUCGAUGUGAAGGUCCUUGGGAUGGGAGAAGAAUGGCGAGGUGGAGAUGUGAAGAAUUAUCCAGGAGGAGGGCAUAAAAUAAACAUUCUAAAGAAGGAGACAGAACUUUACAAGAAUGACAGUAAUUUAGUUCUUAUGUUUGUGGAUAGUUAUGAUGUCAUUUUACUUGGCAAACCUGAAGAAUUCUUGAAGAAGUUUCUUGACUUUAAAGCUAACAUGGUCUUUUCUGCCGAAGGAUUCUGCUGGCCAGACAGAUGGCUCAAAGACCAAUACCCUGAAGUUAUUCAUGGAAAGAAAUAUCUUUGUUCAGGAGGUUUUAUUGGCUAUGCACCAGUAUUCCACCAGGUUGUAACUGAUCAUGUCAUUGAGGAUGUGGAAGAUGAUCAACUGUAUUAUACCAAGAUAUUUCUGGACAAGCAGAAAAGAGAUCAGUUGAAACUGAGGCUAGAUAAUAAAGCAGAGAUCUUCAUGAAUUUGAAUGGAGCAGAAGAGGAAGUAGAAAUCAAGUUCAGUGAUGACAAGGCAUGGUUGGUGAACAAGGAAUAUGGGACAGAACCACUGGUUGCCCAUGGCAAUGGUCCCAGUAAGUUGUUUCUAAAUUAUCUAGAUAACUACCUGCCUGAUAAAUGGAAUUUCAAGGAUGAAUGUACUGCAUGCUCUGAGGAUAGAAUAUCUUUAGGCAGUCUCAAGGAAGAGGAGUAUCCUAAAAUCCUGAUGGGCCUUUUUGUGGAGAAGCCAACACCUUUUAUACCAGAGUUUCUGAACAGAAUGAUGCAGCUAGAGUAUCCCAAGAAACGCAUUGACCUAUUUAUUCACAAUACAGUUCCAUAUCAUAAGUCACAAAUUGGAGAAUGGCUCACAGACAAGAUCAAAAGGCAGUUCAACUCGAUUACUGUGCUGCAACCUGAAGAUAAGGUGACUGAGUAUCAAGCCAGGAAUCACGCCAUUGAGAUGUGUGAGGAAAAGAAGUGUGACUACCUGUUCACAGUGGAUGGCUCUGUUGUUCUUACUAACAAGAACACACUGAAGAUUCUCAUUGAGCAAAACCGGCCUGUUUUAGCUCCCAUUGUCUCGAGACAUGGCAAGCUAUGGUCAAACUUUUGGGGUGCUCUGGGAAGUGAUGGAUUCUAUGCCAGGUCACGCGACUACCUUGCAAUUGUCCAGAGGCAAAGAAAGGGUGUGUGGAAUUCUGUCUUCAUCUCAAGUGUGUUUUUAAUCAAGAAAGAAGUCUUAAAGAAGAUUCAUGGAAGUUUUGGUCCUUCCCAGCUUGAUCCAGAUAUGGCUAUGAGCAAGUUUUUAAGGGAUAAUGGAAUUUUCAUGUAUGCCACCAACCUACAUGAAUUUGGCCGCUUGUUAGAGACAGAGAACUACCGCACAGAUCAUCUGCACAACGACCUGUGGGAGUUGUUUGACAACAAACUGGACUGGGAAGAGAAAUACAUCCAUCCAAACUAUUCCCAAAACUCAAACCUCAGCAUUUCCAUUGAGGAGCCCUGUCCUGAUGUGUACUGGUUUCCUCUUGUGUCGGAUACGUUUGCCAAGCAUCUCAUUGAGAUUGGCUACGAGAGACAUUGGCUUCACUUUCUCAAGGAAUACAUUGUACCCGUGAAUGGAAGACUUUAUCCAGGGUACAACUCUGAGGCUCGUUCUAUCAUGAACUUUGUGGUAAAAUACGAUCCAAACAGGCAGUAUUAUCUUAGACCGCACCACGACGCUUCUACAUACACAAUCAACAUCGCCCUAACAAGGCCAGGAAAAGACCAUGGGGGCGGGGGAUGCAGAUUUUUGCGCUAUAACUGCCAAGUGACAGAAACCCGUAGAGGCUGGUCGUUUAUGCACCCGGGAAGACUCACUCAUUACCAUGAGGGGCUGCCUGUAACAUGGGGGAAGCGAUAUAUUAUGAUAUCAUUUAUUGACCCUUGAAUAGACGAAAUGAUUCUUUAAUAUCAGAGUUAUAAAUCCUAUUUCAGUAUGAAGUCUAAGACGCCAAAUAACAAAGUUAUUUUUGAGCAAAUUCUAUUUUCUUUCCCCUGAAUGCCUUUUCAAGAGACUAUUUUCAUACCACGAUGUCAAGUGUUUUGUUUUGCAAUUUUUUAGCAAUAAAUGCGCUGUGAAAAGU